CGCCAGCCCGCGGCUCCUUCGCCUGCCGAGGGAAGGGAGGACACCGACGGACGCCCAGAGCUCGGGGGAGGCGGCGAUGUACCAAAGCCUGGCCAUGGCCGCGAACCACGGCCCCCCGCCCGGUGCCUACGAGGCGGGCGGCCCCGGCGCCUUCAUGCACGGCGCGGGCGCCGCGUCCUCGCCGGUCUACGUGCCCACGCCGCGCGUGCCGUCCUCGGUGCUCGGCCUGUCCUACCUGCAGGGCGGAGGCGGGGGAGCCGCGUCCGGAUCGGCGUCGGGUGGCGGCUCCGGGGCCGCCCCGUCCGGAGCCGGCCCCGGGACCCAGCAGGGCAGCCCGGGAUGGAGCCAGGCCGGGGCCGAGGGAGCCGCCUUUACCCCGCCGCCGGUGUCCCCGCGCUUCUCCUUCCCGGGGACCACUGGGUCCCUGGCGGCGGCCGCCGCUGCCGCCGCCGCCCGGGAAGCUGCGGCCUACGGCGGGGGCGGCGGGGCGGCGGGCGCGGGCCUGGCCGGCCGCGAGCAGUACGCGCGCCCCGGCUUCGCCGGCUCCUACUCCAGCCCCUACCCGGCCUACAUGGCCGACGUGGGCGCGUCCUGGGCGGCCGCCGCCGCCGCCUCCGCGGGCCCCUUCGACAGCCCGGUCCUGCACAGCCUGCCCGGACGGGCCAACCCUGCCAGGCACCCCAAUCUCGUAGAUAUGUUUGAUGACUUCUCGGAAGGCAGAGAAUGUGUCAACUGUGGGGCCAUGUCCACCCCGCUCUGGAGGCGAGAUGGGACAGGACACUACCUGUGCAAUGCCUGUGGCCUCUACCACAAGAUGAACGGCAUCAACCGUCCCCUCAUUAAGCCUCAGCGCCGGCUGUCUGCUUCCCGCCGGGUGGGCCUCUCCUGUGCCAACUGCCAGACCACCACCACCACACUGUGGCGCCGCAAUGCCGAGGGUGAGCCAGUGUGCAAUGCCUGCGGUCUCUACAUGAAGCUCCACGGGGUACCCAGGCCUCUUGCAAUGAGGAAGGAGGGGAUUCAAACCAGGAAACGGAAGCCCAAGAACCUGAAUAAAUCUAAGGCGCCGGCAGGUCCUCCAGGUGAGAGCCUCCCCCCCUCCAGCAGUGCCUCCAGCAACUCCAGCACCGCCACCACCAGCAACAACAACAGCAGCAGCAGCAGCAGCGAAGAGAUGCGCCCCAUCAAGACAGAGCCUGGGCUGUCAUCUCACUAUGGACACAGCUGCUCCAUGUCCCAGACGUUCUCUGUCAGUACUGUGUCUGGCCACGGGCCCUCCAUCCAUCCAGUGCUGUCGGCUCUGAAGCUCUCCCCACAAGGCUAUGCAUCUCCUGUCACUCAGACGUCGCAGGCCAGCUCCAAGCAGGACUCUUGGAACGGCCUGGUCCUGGCUGACAGUCAUGGGGACAUAAUCACUGCGUAAUCAGCACCCACCCCUUCCCUCUCAAAUUCCUGCUUGGACUUAGGACCUGGGGUCAACAAAGUCUGAGGCCAGGCAUCCUGGCCAGCCCCUUCGUCUGGGAACCCCUGAAGAACAACUGGGUAGAACUUGAAGUUGUUGACAGUUUUAGGGAUGCGGAUGCUGGGCUCCUUCAAACCCUUUCCCAGGAUGAGCGCUGGAGAGAGCCUGCAUUCCCACAGACAAGCCCGCCUUCGCUGCAAGAACAGUACAGUACAGCGUAGCAGGAGACUUCUCAUCCUCCACCUGCCUGUCCCAGACAGACACAUAAUCUCCUUCAUCCCAGCUCCCCACCCCAGUGGCUCUAGGUGACAGUUUUUUUCUCUGUGUUCCUAGAGAGGCUGUAGGGGCCCAGGCUUCCAGACACUGUCUACAGCCUGAGCAGGGUGUCUACUUGUGGACUGGACGUGGCAGCCCUGCCCUUGUCCAACACUCCCCUUGAGGCAUGACAUGUUCCUGCAUGCCCCAUACCAGAUCUGACUCCAAAAGUACUGGGUGCAAGGCAGAUGUUACUGAGUGCUUCCUGGAGGCAUGGGAGCGGGGGUGCAGGGGGAGGAGGGGAGAAAGCACAUCACCCACCACACAGGAUAGCUUCAUCAAAUCGCAGCCCGGCAGUGGUGCCUCUCCUUCCUCUCCCAGGGACAUCAAACCACUUGUUCUCCAUCCUGAACAUCUCCUACCCUCUGCGAAACUCAAGCUCAGUUCUGUAGCAGGCUAAUACCACUUGGUGCUACUCCUAGCAUCCUUUUUAACCCCUUCACACACAGAGGUUCCAAGGAGGAACAAAACCUGCUACCGGAAGCAGCUUUGGUGACCGAGCUCAUCUGCACCUUGGGUCUUUCUGGAAGUUGUGUCUAUAGCACAGUCGUGUUCGUAGGACUCCAGCUUGCUUGCUCUGAGCCUGCCAAGCCAUGGCCUCUCAAGUCAGACAGUUACCUGGAUCUGGGCCUUUCUCCAGCGCCGAUUCUUCAUCUAGGAAAUACAGAGUGUUUGCAAGAUAAAUUCCAAGCACAAACAACAAAAACGAAAUUUGUGAAAGGACAAAGGUGACAGAUGGAAGAUGCUUCGGGCCUGACGAGAUUGCCAUUGCUUGUAGCUGUCCUAGAACUGGCCUUCUCCCCACCACACCCCCCAUUAUUGGGGCACUCAAAGAUUCUUCCUUGUCCUCAUUACCCACAGAGCUGUAGCCAACUGUGGCAUUACCCUAUUGUACCCUAGUCCCCUAGCCCUAACCCCUAAACCUUACUGGCCGUAGCAGAGAAUAGCUUUGAACCCAGAUUCUGUUGAAAUCAUCAUUUACACACGUUUUCUCCCUCAAGGCCGCCUUCCCAUGCUUCCCCUCCUCCACAACCCAUUAACAUUGUCUUAAGGUGAAAUGGCUGUAAAAUCAGUAUUUAACUAAUAAAUUUAUCUGUAUUCCUCUUUC